AUGGUCAUCACAGACAUAUACAACCCCGGCGAAAAAAUAGAGAAUGAAUUUUUAAAAGAAAAAAUUCGAGGAAAAAUAAAUGAAAUGCUAAAAUGGAAAAGGAAAGGAUUUCCUGGUAGUAAUCCUGUAUCAUUAACUAAACAUAAUAUAAAAAAUUUAUUUAAUAAAGAUUAUUUAAUAUGUGAAAAAACAGAUGGAGUUAGAUAUUUUUUAUUUAUAGUCUCAAAUACAACAUUUUUAAUUGAUAGAAAUUAUGAUAUAUUUAAAAAUGAUAUGCAUAUACCUACUAUAGAUAAUUUAGAAGUCAAACAACAGCUAACUUUAUUAGAUGGUGAAUUAGUAGAAGAUACUAUAUAUAAUGAAAAGAAAGGAAUUGAAGAAAAAAAAAUUGUUUAUUUAAUUUAUGAUGGCUUAUUUAUACAAAGAAAAGAUAUCACUAAUUUAUCAUAUCUAGAAAGGUUAAAUAAUGUAUAUAAUUAUGUUAUAACACCUUUGAAAAUGUACAAAAAUAAAAAGAGAGCAAAAAAAAAUGACCAACCAUCUAAUGAUAAUGGUAAUGACAAUGAUAAUGAUAUUGGCAAAAUUGAAAAUGCUAAUUCAAAAAAGAGAAAAAAUACUACUAACAAUGAUGAAGCAAAUAAAAAUGAUUCCGACAACAGUGUAAUAAAUCUAACUAACGAUAUUAAUGAAAAAAAUAAGCGUGAAAACCAAAAAGAAGUUACAUUUUCUAUAGAAAAUCAAAUAAAUGAUACAAAACAAAAUGAUGAGCAUGCAGAACUGACAGACGAUGAAUAUACUGACUUAGAAAGUGAAAAUACAGAAGAUGAACCAUUAAGUAUAUAUUUAAAAGAUUUUUAUUCUAUAUCACAAAUAUCAGAACUAUUAAAAAUUAUGAAAAAAUUGCCACACACAUCAGAUGGAAUUAUAUUUACCCCAUUAAAUUAUCCAUAUGUUACUGGAAAUUUUUAUCAAUUAUUAAAAUGGAAACCUUUAAAUUUAAAUACAGUCGAUUUUGGCAUCGAAACAAUAUAUGAUGAUAAUAAUAUACCAAUUAAAUUUGAAUUAUUUAUAGCAAUAAAUGGAAUUAGAGCAUCCUAUAAAUGUUAUUUAGCUGAAUAUGGUGAUGUAUAUAAACAAUUAUUACAAAUGGCUAUAAAUAAUAAAAUUUCUCAUUACAUAAUUGAAUGUUAUUAUGUUUCUAAAAAUAUUUAUUCAAUUUGUAAAAAUGAUGAUUUAACUGAAAAAAAAGUUGAGGGUGGAUGGAUUGCUCAAAAAAUACGAUACGAUAAAAAUAUACCAAAUGAUAUUACGACACUUAAUAAAGUUAUGCACAGUAUUUUAGACAACAUAACUAUCGAUACUUUGAUAAAGGAGGUCGCAACAAACCCAAGGGGCUCUUAA